AUGGGCACCGGUUGCUAUGGGCGGCCGCAGAUGACGGCGCUAGGCGGUGCAAGCGCGGGGGUGGAGCACGUGGCGCGCAUUGCGCAGGCGCCGGGCUGCGGGAAGGGCGGGGGCGUCUGGGAGGCCACGCCCCCUUCCGGCGACCUAGAUCAUCGCCGAGUGACGCAGCGGAAGAGGCGGGACCUGAGGAGCGGAGCAGGAAGAGGUCGGUGGGGAUGGGGAGGCCAGGGCCGGUGUCCCGUACUGGGAGGGGUGUCCGUCUCCCAGUACGUACUGGUGACCAGCGACCCCAUAUUGGGAGGGGUGUCCGUCUCCCAGUACGUACUGGUGACCAGCGACCCCAUAUUGGGAGGGUUGUCUGUGUCCCGGUACGUACUGGUGACCCUGUACUGGGAGGGGUCCCGCCUGUCCCAGUCCCGCAGCACUAGAGACCCUCCGCCAUGCUCCCGGCAGCAUGGCUCCCUCAACAAGUACCACCAUAGCCACCCGCUGCGGGAGAGGGCCCGCAAGCUGUCCCAGGGCAUCCUCAUCAUCAGGUUCGAGAUGCCCUACAACAUCUGGUGCGAUGGCUGCAAGAACCACAUUGGGAUGGGUGUCCGGUACAACGCGGAGAAGAAGAAGGUCGGCACUUACUACACGACGCCCAUCUACAGGUUUCGGAUGAAGUGCCACCUCUGCGUCAACUACAUCGAGAUGCAGACGGACCCGGCGGGCUGCGACUACGUCAUCGUCAGCGGGGCCCGACGCAAGGAGGAGCGCUGGGACAUGAAGGAUAACGAACAAGUCCUACCCACCGAGCGGGAGGAGAAGGAGAAGCUGGAGACGGAUGCCAUGUUCCGGCUGGAACACGGCGUGGCUGACAGGGCGACGCUACAGCGAGCCGUCCCCACACUGGCCAGUCUGCAGGAGGCCCAAAGCGCCUGGAAGGAUGACUUCGCCCUCAACAGCCGGCUCCGGAGGCACUUUAGGGAGGAGAAGAAGACGCUGCGGGAGGAGGAGGAGGAGGCGGCGGCGCUGCAGGCGAAGGCCGGCCUGAGCAUCCCUCUGGUGCAGGAGUCAGAGGAGGACCGGCGCCUGGCCGCGCUGCUCAAGUACCACAGCCCCGACUCCUACGAGGAGAAGCAGAGGAUGAAGCGGACAGAGAUCUCCAGCCGCUCCUGGUUCUCCCCGGCCACCGGUGGCAGAGCCAGCGAGGCGCUGCGGAAGCUGGGCCUGGGGGGGCGAGCGCUGCGGGGCCGGGGGGGCCCCCCCGCUACCCUCGCCGGCCUGGGCAUCGUCCGGCGUCGCUCUGGAGAGGGGCCCGAGGGGCCGGCGGAGCCCGGGGGGGUGGGGGGUUCGUAUGCCCAGGUUCUCCCCCACAGCAUCAUCGAGCACAUCGAGGGGCUGCUGGAGAAGGACCGGGAGGACAACCGGAGCAUCGGGGCGCACGGGGCCCGGCACAUCCUCCAGCGCGUCCCCGAGGGCAGCGUCACCCUCCUCACCCACUGCAACACCGGCACCCUGGCCACCGCCGGCUACGGCACCGCCCUGGGCGUUGUGCGGGCGCUGCACGAGCAGGGCCGGCUGACACGGGUGUUCUGCACCGAGACCCGGCCCUACAACCAGGGCAGCCGGCUGACCGCCUUCGAGCUGCUGCACGACCGCGUCCCCGCCACCCUCAUCGCCGACAGUGCUGCCGCCGCCACUAUGCGGGACCGUGGCGUCCAGGCCGUGGUGGUGGGAGCCGACCGGGUGGCCGCCAACGGGGACACAGCCAACAAGAUCGGCACCUACCAGCUGGCGGUGGCGGCGUGGCACCACGGCAUCCCCUUCUAUGUGGCGGCCCCCACCUCGUCCUGCGACCCGGCCCUGCCCAGUGGUGCCGACAUCCCCAUCGAGGAGCGGCCGGGCCGGGAGCUCACCCACUUCCAGGGCCUGUGCCUGGCCCCCCAGGGUAUCGACGUGUGGAACCCGGCCUUCGACGUCACCCCCCAUGACCUCAUCACGGGCGGCAUCGUCACCGAGUGGGGGGUCUUCGCCCCGGCGGAGCUGCGGCAGGCGCUGGCGGAGCGCAGGGGCGCGGGGAGUCUGCUGCUGGUAAACCGUGCACUGGGUGCUCGGGAUAACCGGGAGGAAGAGCACGACUUCCCUCUGGCAGAUGCUGAUGCCGCUCGGAGCCGACACGGAGGCUCCGGAGAACAUUCAACGCUGUCGGUGAGUUUUGUGGUUGAGGUGAAACCAUCGACCGUUGCGUGUGCCCCGUGGCCCACCGGAGCGGCCGGGGGAGUUGCUGCCGCCGCUUUCCCAGUGCCGCCUGCAGCAUAG